AGUCCCUUUUCUACACUACACCCUCCAUCUCACAUGGUCCCGUUCCUGUAUCCCCUCUACAUAUCACUUGGUGCUACUUGAGGUUAGACUAGAAAACGACUAGCCAUGGCUCCCGCCGUUGACGUUGACACCCCGGUUGAUGCAAUCGCGGGCUUGAAAGCACGUGCCAAACAAGUUGACCGUUCAAUCUUCCCAGAUGGGCUCAAGACAACAGGCCAACACCCGCCGCUGUAUGACCAAGUCUAUCCAUACAGCGCAUUCCCUAAGCGCAUAGAAGGACCUACCGAAUGGAAGGCUGAGGAUUAUGCCAACAAUCCAGAGAGAUGGGUCCACCACUUCUCCGAGGAGGAGCUGACCGAAAUCUCCAAGACGGCGGACAGCUUCAUUGAUCUUGGUCUGCCUCUAACUGGUAUCAACAAGGACAACUUCCCACUUCCCGGCUUAGAGUCUUCCUUAGCUACUAUGCGCCGAGAACUUCUAAACGGUAAGGGGUUCAUCUUAUAUAAAGGGUUCCCUGUUAAUGAAUGGGGUAACCACAAAUCCGCCGUCGCUUAUAUGGGAUUGGGGGCUUAUCUCGGAUAUCCGGUAUCUCAAAACGGACAUGGCCACAUCCUAGGACAUGUCAAAGAUCUUGGAGAGGACAGCACACAGAUAGACAAGGUCCGAAUAUACAGGACAAAUGCCCGUCAAUUCUUCCAUGCCGAUGACUGCGAUAUCGUCGGUCUUCUGUGUAUCGCGAAAGCCGAGUUCGGUGGUGAGUCGGAUGUUGCUUCGAUCCAUAACGUAUGGAACAUCCUGCAGGAAGAGCGACCGGAUGUCGCCGAGUUGUUGACCAAGCCGAUAUGGUAUUUCGAUCGUAAAGGUGAAGUUUCGCAGGGUGAAGACCCAUACAUCAAGGCAGCUGUCUUCUACCUGGAGACACCAGACCUGGCAAACCCUGAGCGAGAGCAAAGGGUAUAUUGCAAGUGGGAUCCGUACUUCGUCCGCAGUCUCAGUCGAUUCUCGGAUAAGGGAAUCAUCCCACCACUAUCGCCAGAGCAAGAGGAAGCAGUUAAACUCCUCGAAGCGACUUGUGAGAGAGUGAAGUUACACAUGAUCUUGGACAUCGGCGACAUCCAAUUCGUCGCCAACACACACACCCUCCACGCGAGGACAGCAUACCGCGACUUUGGCCCAGAUAGUGGCAAGCCGAGACGCCACCUAAUGAGACUAUGGCUAUCCGUACCACAAGACGAGGGAGGUUGGAGAUUACCGUUCUGGGACUCAGAUGAGAAGAAAAGGGGAGGAAUCCAAGUCGACGACACGCCCCCUGUCGCAAGGCUCGAUGCUGAUUAGAAGCUAGCUACUUAGGUAGUCGGCUCGUAAUGUGGUGUCUCAUCCGCCACAAUGUUCUUUUAGCAACCCCUGAUUUUAUUAAUGAGACUACGUUACCUGGAAGGAAAGCUGAACCCAAUAGCUCAUUGCAUUUCAAUUACAUCAAGCACGCGAU